AACCCGUAUUUUUGUACAGUGGAAUAAUCCGGAUUUAUUUAUGAUAAGCUAAGGACAAAAUUAUUUCGGGAUUUGAAGUCGGGACUUUUGACCGUUGAUUUUCUUUUGAGACAUAAGUUAUAUAUGAAAUUGAUGGCAUUGAACACUUAGGGAAAAUUGGGACCACAAUUCAUAAAAUUGGAAUUAAAAAUCUUGCAAAAAAAUAAAGCUAUGUGGCCGUGUGCAAUGGGUUGGUCCCACACAUUGUGUGGCCAAUUUUAAUUGGUCCAACACAUUGUGUGGGCCAAAGACUUGUAUAAAUAUUUUAUGGACACUUAAAGGAUGACCUCUAAGUCAUCUUUAUUCUUUUCCACACUUAGAAAAAAAGAAAGCAAGAAGUUGAAGAACCAACCAUGGCUCUCGGCUAGCACAUGGAAAAUCAAGAUCAUUUUUUUUAGCCUCUCCAAAAUUUAUUCCUUGGUACAAACCCACUAAUUUAAGGUCCCUAAGUAACUUGGAAGCAUUGUUGGAGUGAUCAAGUCCUUCAUUCAAUAGAUUGCAAACCCUAACCCCUUUGUGGAGUUGAAGAAGAAAGGUAAGUUUGAUCUUGUUUAUUGUGUUGUGAACAUUUUAUUCAUGUGGUAGCAUGUUAAUAUGGAUGGAAAUCAUGAAAUAUUGUAUGUUGGAAGUGGGUUUUGUGAUGGGUGUGUUGGCCGUGUGAAGUAUGAUUGUGUUGUGUGAUUGAGUUGAUAAAUUAGUUCCUUGUAGCUUGUUGAUUGUUGUAGGGUGAAGAGAUAGAUUAGAACAAUCUAAAUGUGUAUAUUUAUAGAUGUGGGUGUAGCCGUAUAUAUGGUCCCAAUGUGUGUCAAAGAAUGAAUUAAUAUCUCUUAGCAUUUUAAUUGUCGUCGUUAUGAAUUUUAGUUGGAAUUGAGCAUUUAAUGACUCAAAAAUGAUGUUGGAAAUGUAGGGGCUGAUUUAAGGAUUAUUUUACGUUUGAUGUAAUUCGUAUAUUUUAUGAGAAUGAUAUCGUUAUAUUGUGGAUUGUGAUACAAAACAUGAAUUGAAAUCGAGGAACGUGAAAAGAGGGUUGUUUCGGUUUUAGGGGCUGCUCACGGCUAAGGGGGCUGUUUUCGGCCAACAUAAAAAAAAAAUGUGUUAGUAUGGAUUUGGGUUGAUAAUCGAAUGUAUGAACGAUAUCGUGACUUGAAUGUAAGCCAUAGAAUUGAAUAAUUGGAAAGUUGUCGAAUGGCGUAAAAGAGAGCUACUAUUAUUAUUUUGCCUUUCGAAUUGUUUAUCGAUGCUGCUAGGUUGGUUAUUGUGGUUGUUGUUGUUGAUUUUGAGCGAGUUGAAUUCUCGGGAUGGCCUAGUUACAGGGGAAGUGCUGCCGAAUUUUCUGUAGAAUUUAAUGAUUAGUUGGAAUGAAUGGCUAAAUGCCCUUAUCUAAUGUUUGGUAUUCGUUGGCGUAUUUGUAGACCUUGGGGAGCCCGAAGCCUAGUUUGGACUUAGCUUGAGUUGGAUCAUAUUGGAGAGCGUUUGAGGUAUGUAAAGUAACCUUUCUUUUUGGCAUGCCUUAGUUAAAGUAGGCCAUGAUACGAGCCUCUAGGAAACUCUAUUCUCGCAAAUCCGAGCUUGUCUAUGAUUCGUAUUUGUUUCCUUGGUAUUCUUGGGCGCAUAUGACAUAACAUUGAUCCUUAUAUCCUCGGAGUUUAUAAUUUGUAAAGAUUUCAUGAAAGUUGAUUUUUGGUUUCAAAGCUUGUUCGUUAGCGAUUCCAAAAGUUCAAACGCCCAUAACUUCCUCAGAAAAGCUCGGAUUGCUUUGAAAUUUUCGUAGGAGUUCGUAUGAUAUAAAAUGAGUAUGUUUUUCAUAGGCGGGCUCAGUUCGGGUCUAUACUCGUCCGUGGGUCCCGCGACGCCCUUUAUGUAUUUUCGGUAACUUUGGGAAGAGAACGUUGUAAUUAUUGUUCCGAUUUCAAAUAUGACUAUUUUACUUAUCUUUGGAUUUAUGAUAAUGAUUUUAUGCAUAUGAUUCCUCACUACUCCGCUCGUGCCCUAUGAUAUCUUUCGCCGGUUCCCGGGCCGGUUCUGUUAUCGUGCGCGCUUUGAUAUACUCCGGAGUUAUGCUGUGUUUAUGGUUCACCGAGCUCCUCGCUCGAGGGCCGGGUUCCACAUAUGUUUGGCGUUAUGCUGUGAUUGGCGUUAUGCUGUGUUGUGAUGUGUGCCGGGGAUUCGGAGAUUUGAAACUUUCUGGUGUUAUGCUGUGUUAUGGCGCCAUCGACAGGCGGGCGACCAUAUUUUCCUGUGCCCUAUGCAUAAUUUAUACUUUGGAAAUAAACAUUUUGAUAUUUUUGGGAUAUGUAUUAUUUUCCGUACUUCUGAUUCAAUUACUGUUCAAGACUUAUUUCUGUACCUUCUGCUUUGCAUACUCAGUACAUAUUUCGUACUGACCCCCUCCUCCGGGGGCUGCGUUUCAUGCCCGCAGGUACAGACGCACAGCUUGGUGAUCCACCUGUUUAGGACACCCCCUUCUGCUAUUCGGAGUGCUCCUCUCAUCCCGGAGCUUAUAUUUUUGUGAUGCCUCCGAAAAAGGCGACGGCCGCCCAGAAGAAAAAGGGCGUAGUAGGAGAGACCAGCCGGGCUCAGAAGGGUACUCGGACCCUUGCUCAGAUGAUGCGUGAUAUUACGUCCCGGCCAGCCGACUCUGCUACGUCUUCAUCGUCAGAGGAGUCUGGAGCAGCUUCACCAUUAGCUCCAGGGGCUUCAGCUCCCGCGCCUCCAGCUCCUCAGCAAGGGGCGGAGGACAGGACACUGAGAGAGGCUGUGCAGUUAUUGACCACUGUGGUAGCGGGACAGGCUCGCAGACGCGGGCGGAGAGAUGAUGAUGAUGACGAUAGGCGUGACAGCCUGAGGGUUCGAGAGUUUCUAUUAUGUGGCCCUCCAGAGUUUUACGGGUCUAAGCCCGACGAGGACCCCCAUGACUUUAUUCGGGGGAUGCGGCGCUCACUAGAUUUGGUCAGGGCUUCAGAGACUGAGUCUGUUGAGUUGGCUUCGCAUAGACUACGGGAUGUUGCUGCUCACUGGUAUGAGUCCUGGGAGCUAUCCAGGGGUGAGGGUGCUACCCCAGCUACUUGGGACGAGUUCGUGACUGCUUUCACUCACCACUUUUUGCCCCCAGAGUUACGGCGGGCGCGGGUUGACCGAUUUUUGCAUCUGCAGCAGAGGGGUCGGAGCGUCCGUGAGUAUAAUAUGGAGUUUGAUUCUUUGGCCCGGUAUGCACCUGCCAUAGUAGCAGAUAUGGCCGAUCGGAUGCACAGAUACGUGAUGGGGUUAGACCGCUAUUUGAUUGAUGGCUGUAUGGCGGUGGCAUUGCAGACAGACAUGGAUAUUGCCCGACUACAGGCUUAUGCCCUGGGUAUGGAGGACCGACAUAGAGCUGAUUAUUCUAGCAGAGAUCGGGACAGGAGGCCGCCCAAGAGGGCCAGAUUCGCAGUUUAUUCUGGAAAUUCUCGAGGCGGACAGCCUCAGCAGCAGCAGUCAGGCAGACAUCCUCCUCCGUCAGGCCGGGGUACACCCCCACAGUUUACCGGCAGGAGAUCUGAGGGUGUCGGAUAUUCAGGGGCAGGCCCGAGCUCCAGGGCUUCAGGUUCACAGUUGAACAGAGGUUCCAGCAGUCAGAUGAGGCCACCCAGACCUUUGUGUUCCUACUGUGGGAGACAGCACCCGGGAGAGUGUUUCCGAGCUACGGGUGCAUGCUUUGUGUGCGGCCGUCAGGGCCAUCAGAUGAGAGACUGUCCGGCUAGAGGUGGUACAGGCAGUUCAGCUCAGUCUACCGGGUCAGCCGGUGGUUCAUCUUCAGCCUCGGUGGCGAUGCGCCCUGCGGGGCAAGGUACUCCAGCACCAGCAAGCCGCGGCAGGGGUCGUGGCGGAGCUUCGGGUUCUAGCGGUCCUUCGAACCGCAUUUAUGCCUUAGCCAGCAGACAGGACCAGGAGGCUUCGCCUAAUGUCGUCACAGGUAUAUUACUGGUUUUCUCUCGUGAUGUGUAUGCAUUGAUUGAUCCUGGUUCUACAUUGUCAUUUAUAUCUCCACUCGUUGCUGAUAAAAUUGGGAUAGAAUCCGAACCGAUAGAGCCUUUUGAGGUAGCUACACCAGUAGGGGAUUCUGUUAUAGCCAGUCAGAUUUAUAGAGAUUGUUCCGUGAUUAUCUGUGGCCGCUGCACUAAGGCGGAUUUGGUAGAGUUAGAUAUGAUCGAGUUUGACGUGAUUAUGGGUAUGGAUUGGCUAGCUUCUUGCUAUGCUAAUGUUGAUUGUCAAAAGAAGAUAGUCCGAUUCCAAUUCCCAGGGGAGCCAGUUAUAGAGUGGGCAGGUAAUACAGUAUCGCCGAGGGGUAAGUUUAUUUCAUACCUCAAGGCUGAGAAAAUGAUCAGAAAGGGGUAUAUUUAUCAUCUGGUCCGUGUUCAUGAUUUAGAGGCAGAGGCACCGACUCUUCAGUCAGUCCCAGUGGUUAAUGAAUUUGUAGAUGUAUUCCCAGAUGAGCUUCCGGGUCUACCCCCCGAACGGGAGAUAGAGUUUGCUAUUGAUCUGUUGCCAGACACUCAACCUAUCUCUAUUCCUCCGUACAGAAUGGCACCUGCAGAAUUAAAAGAAUUAAAAGAGCAGCUGAGAGAUUUAUUGGAGAAGGGUUUCAUUCGGCCUAGUGCGUCACCCUGGGGAGCUCCAGUAUUAUUUGUGAGGAAGAAAGACGGCUCGCUGCGGAUGUGCAUUGAUUAUCGGUAGUUGAAUAAGGUAACCAUCAAGAAUAAAUAUCCCCUCCCCAGGAUUGAUGAUUUGUUUGAUCAGCUGCAGGGUGCCAGGUACUUCUCGAAGAUAGACCUGCGGUCAGGCUAUCAUCAGGUACGGGUACGAGAGGCUGAUAUUCCCAAGACAACAUUCAGGACCCGAUAUGGGCACUAUGAAUUCAGAGUCAUGUCUUUUGGGCUGACAAAUGCCCCAGCAGUAUUUAUGGACCUGAUGAAUCGGGUAUUCAGACCAUUCUUGGAUAUGUUUGUGAUUGUAUUUAUCGAUGAUAUUCUGGUUUAUUCUCGAUCAGAAGCAGAGCAUGCGGACCAUUUGAGGAUCCUAUUUUGGCACAGUACAGAGAUGCAGCUCUGGCACAGGAGAAGACUCUGUUUGAGAUUUCACUUCACAGAGGCAGAUUGUGUGUACCUGACGUUGCAGGGUUGCGGCGACAGGUUAUGGGCGAGGCACAUUAUGCCCGAUAUUCUGUUCACCUAGGGUCGACGAAGAUGUACCAUGAUCUCAGAUGCCUAUAUUGGUGGGACGGUAUGAAAAGAGAUAUAAUAGAGUUCGUUGCUCAGUGUCCAAAUUGCCAGCAGGUUAAGAUUGAGCACCAGAAGCCCGGUGGGCUAUUGCAGGAGAUGGAGAUACCGACGUGGAAGUGGGAGAUCAUUAAUAUGGACUUUAUUACAGGUUUACCUCGCACUCCACGGAGGUACGACUCCAUUUAGGUUAUCAUUGAUCGGCUGACAAAAUCAGCCCAUUUUCUUCCAGUUAGGACUACAUACUCAGCUGAAGAUUAUGCCAGGCUAUAUAUUAAGGAGAAUGUGAGACUGCACGGAGUUCCUGUGUCUGUUAUUUCCGAUAGAGGUGCCCAGUUUUCAGCUAAGUUCUGGAUAUCAUUUCAGGAGGGAUUGGGGACCCAGGUGAGCCUGAGUACAGCCUUCCAUCCCCAGUCCGACGGACAGGCCGAGCGCACUAUUCAGACAUUGGAAGAUAUGUUGCGUGUCUGUGUUAUUGAUUUCAGGGUUAGCUGGGACGACCAUUUAUCGCUUGUUGAGUUUGCUUAUAAUAACAGCUACCACUCCAGUAUUCAGAUGGCACCAUAUGAGGCUUUGUAUGGCAGGAAAUGCAGAUCUCCGAUCGGUUGGUUUGACGUGGGUGAUACUCAAUUAAUUGGCCCAGAUGUAGUCCAGCAGGCGGUCGAUAAGGUGAAACUGAUCCGAGAGCGACUAUUAGCGGCCCAGAGCCGACAUAAAUCUUAUGCCGAUAAGCGACGUUGACCGUUAGAGUUUCAGAUUGGCGAUUGGGUGUUCCUGAAAGUGUCACCGAUGAAAGGUGUUAUGCGAUUUGGCAAGAAAGGAAAGCUCAGUCCGAGAUAUAUUGGGCCUUAUCUGAUUAUUCGCAAAAUAGGCAAGGUGGCCUACGAAUUGGAUUUGCCAGCUGAUUUGGGAGCGGUACACCCGGUAUUUCAUGUUUCUAUGCUUCGUAAAUGUGUUGGUGACCCCUCCAGAGUUUUUCCUGUAGAGGACAUUCAGGUCACCGAGGAGCUAUCUUAUGAGGAGCAGCCUAUAGCCAUAUUGGAUCGCCAGGUAAAAAGGUUGCGGAACAAAGAUAUGGCUUCUGUUAAAGUGCUGUGGCGGAACAAUAACCGGGAGGAAAUGACCUGGGAAGCUGAGGAGCAUAUGAAGAAGAAGUAUCCUCAUUUAUUUUCAGAGCCUACAGGUAAUCCAAUUCUCUAUUUAACUAUGUUGUUUGAUAAAUGAAUCGUUGAUUAAUGAUUGUAUUGUUGUGAUAGUUGGUAAGGAAACUCCCCCAAAUUGUCGUAUGACCGGUAAGGUUAAUCUGACAUUCGAGGACGAAUGUUCUAAAGGGGGGGAGGAUGUUAGAACCCGUAUUUUUGUACAGUGGAAUAAUCCGGAUUUAUUUAUGAUAAGCUAAGGACAAAAUUAUUUCGGGAUUUGAAGUCGGGACUUUUGACCGUUGAUUUUCUUUUGAGACAUAAGUUAUAUAUGAAAUUGAUGGCAUUGAACACUUAGGGAAAAUUGGGACCACAAUUCAUAAAAUUGGAAUUAAAAAUCUUGCAAAAAAAUAAAGCUAUGUGGCCGUGUGCAAUGGGUUGGUCCCACACAUUGUGUGGCCAAUUUUAAUUGGUCCAACACAUUGUGUGGGCCAAAGACUUGUAUAAAUAUUUUAUGGACACUUAAAGGAUGACCUCUAAGUCAUCUUUAUUCUUUUCCACACUUAGAAAAAAAGAAAGCAAGAAGUUGAAGAACCAACCAUGGCUCUCGGCUAGCACAUGGAAAAUCAAGAUCAUUUUUUUUAGCCUCUCCAAAAUUUAUUCCUUGGUACAAACCCACUAAUUUAAGGUCCCUAAGUAACUUGGAAGCAUUGUUGGAGUGAUCAAGUCCUUCAUUCAAUAGAUUGCAAACCCUAACCCCUUUGUGGAGUUGAAGAAGAAAGGUAAGUUUGAUCUUGUUUAUUGUGUUGUGAACAUUUUAUUCAUGUGGUAGCAUGUUAAUAUGGAUGGAAAUCAUGAAAUAUUGUAUGUUGGAAGUGGGUUUUGUGAUGGGUGUGUUGGCCGUGUGAAGUAUGAUUGUGUUGUGUGAUUGAGUUGAUAAAUUAGUUCCUUGUAGCUUGUUGAUUGUUGUAGGGUGAAGAGAUAGAUUAGAACAAUCUAAAUGUGUAUAUUUAUAGAUGUGGGUGUAGCCGUAUAUAUGGUCCCAAUGUGUGUCAAAGAAUGAAUUAAUAUCUCUUAGCAUUUUAAUUGUCGUCGUUAUGAAUUUUAGUUGGAAUUGAGCAUUUAAUGACUCAAAAAUGAUGUUGGAAAUGUAGGGGCUGAUUUAAGGAUUAUUUUACGUUUGAUGUAAUUCGUAUAUUUUAUGAGAAUGAUAUCGUUAUAUUGUGGAUUGUGAUACAAAACAUGAAUUGAAAUCGAGGAACGUGAAAAGAGGGUUGUUUCGGUUUUAGGGGCUGCUCACGGCUAAGGGGGCUGUUUUCGGCCAACAUAAAAAAAAAAUGUGUUAGUAUGGAUUUGGGUUGAUAAUCGAAUGUAUGAACGAUAUUGUGACUUGAAUGUAAGCCAUAGAAUUGAAUAAUUGGAAAGUUGUCGAAUGGCGUAAAAGAGAGCUACUAUUAUUAUUUUGCCUUUCGAAUUGUUUAUCGAUGCUGCUAGGUUGGUUAUUGUGGUUGUUGUUGUUGAUUUUGAGCGAGUUGAAUUCUCGGGAUGGCCUAGUUACAGGGGAAGUGCUGCCGAAUUUUCUGUAGAAUUUAAUGAUUAGUUGGAAUGAAUGGCUAAAUGCCCUUAUCUAAUGUUUGGUAUUCGUUGGCGUAUUUGUAGACCUUGGGGAGCCCGAAGCCUAGUUUGGACUUAGCUUGAGUUGGAUCAUAUUGGAGAGCGUUUGAGGUAUGUAAAGUAACCUUUCUUUUUGGCAUGCCUUAGUUAAAGUAGGCCAUGAUACGAGCCUCUAGGAAACUCUAUUCUCGCAAAUCCGAGCUUGUCUAUGAUUCGUAUUUGUUUCCUUGGUAUUCUUGGGCGCAUAUGACAUAACAUUGAUCCUUAUAUCCUCGGAGUUUAUAAUUUGUAAAGAUUUCAUGAAAGUUGAUUUUUGGUUUCAAAGCUUGUUCGUUAGCGAUUCCAAAAGUUCAAACGCCCAUAACUUCCUCAGAAAAGCUCGGAUUGCUUUGAAAUUUUCGUAGGAGUUCGUAUGAUAUAAAAUGAGUAUGUUUUUCAUAGGCGGGCUCAGUUCGGGUCUAUACUCGUCCGUGGGUCCCGCGACGCCCUUUAUGUAUUUUCGGUAACUUUGGGAAGAGAACGUUGUAAUUAUUGUUCCGAUUUCAAAUAUGACUAUUUUACUUAUCUUUGGAUUUAUGAUAAUGAUUUUAUGCAUAUGAUUCCUCACUACUCCGCUCGUGCCCUAUGAUAUCUUUCGCCGGUUCCCGGGCCGGUUCUGUUAUCGUGCGCGCUUUGAUAUACUCCGGAGUUAUGCUGUGUUUAUGGUUCACCGAGCUCCUCGCUCGAGGGCCGGGUUCCACAUAUGUUUGGCGUUAUGCUGUGAUUGGCGUUAUGCUGUGUUGUGAUGUGUGCCGGGGAUUCGGAGAUUUGAAACUUUCUGGUGUUAUGCUGUGUUAUGGCGCCAUCGACAGGCGGGCGACCAUAUUUUCCUGUGCCCUAUGCAUAAUUUAUACUUUGGAAAUAAACAUUUUGAUAUUUUUGGGAUAUGUAUUAUUUUCCGUACUUCUGAUUCAAUUACUGUUCAAGACUUAUUUCUGUACCUUCUGCUUUGCAUACUCAGUACAUAUUUCGUACUGACCCCCUCCUCCGGGGGCUGCGUUUCAUG